AUGUAAUAAAUGUAAAGAGGGCGCAAAUUAAAAAAAAGUUAGAGUUCUAAGAAAAUAAGAGCUUAAACUGAAGAUAUUAAGAAGAAAUCAUUAAACAAAAAAACUAUCUUUGUGAGAUAAUUUUACGUAGGUCCUGGGAAUAAUGGUAAAUUAAUUGCGAAUUAUUUAUCAUAAAUUCAGUAAAACUAUUAAAUAGAAAAUAAUUAGAGGUUGGAAAUAAUUGGAUUAAGAUAUUAGCAAGACAAAUAAUGAUUUCUAUUUAAAAUGGGUUUAAACAAAUUCUGAAAUUCAAUUUUAAUUAUUCAAGGAUGGAUAAUAAAUAAUUAAUCAUUUACCUAAUCAUAUGAUUCUUACUUCAAAAUAGUUAAUCAUAUAAACAAUGAAAGAAUAUGAAAGAUCAAAAUAACGUAUAAAUUUCCAUUUAGAUUAGAGUUGUAAUUUAAUUCAACCCAUUUUUUCCCUGAGACAUAUAGAAUAGAUUUAACAUCAGAAUAAUUAAGUUAGGAAGAAGACUAAUUUCUAAGGACAGAUAAUUCUGCUAUUUGGAUAAUCAAACCAACUUAUUUUAAUUGUGGAAGAGGUAUAAAGCUAUGUUCUAACGCUAAAAAGUUAAAAUAAGAAUUUUAAAAGUAUAGUUUCUAUGAUUUAGAUUAAAAUAAAUUUCAAAUUAAAUAAAAGCUUAGAAAGGAUUUAUAUAAAAUGGGAUAUUUACCAAUAAUCUGAGAAAAUGUAUAGUUUAAAGAUAUAUUGAAAAUCCUUUACUUUUGGAAGGUAGAAAAUUCGAUAUUAGAUGUUAUGUUUUGAUUGCCACAACUCGACCUUUAUUUGUAUUAUUUUAGCAUGGAUAUUUACGUUUAUCAGUUGAUAAAUAUAAUGUUGAGGAUAUGGAUGAUGAAAAGAAUAGAUAUAAACAUUUAACAAAUGCAGCUAUUUAAAAAAAACAUCCUUCAUUUAAUCAAUCCAAAGAAUCUACUAUUUGGUCUAUGUAAUAAUUAGAAGUAAAAAUUAAUUUAAAUUGAUUAGUAAUAUUUAAAAGAUAAAAAAAAUGUCACUUAAGAAAAGAUUGAUGCAUUAUAUUUAUAAAUGAAAAAGAUUUUUGCACAUAUUAUUAGAUGUUCAGCUGAUAAGUUUGAAAAAAGAAUGGGAACAUUUGAAUUAAUGGGAUGCGAUAUUAUGAUUGAUACUAAUCUAAAAGUAUACUUAAUUGAAAUGAAUACUAAUCCUGCAUUAUUCCUUGGUAAGGAAUUAGAUAUUUAAUAGUGAAGAUACUACUACUUAAGCUGCAGUUAUUCCGCCAGUAAUUCAUUAAACCUUGGAUUUGGUUAUUUAAUUAAAUGAAGAAAGGAAUAAACCUAUUGAAAAGAAUUUAUAAAAUUACAACAAAUUAAAAUUAGGAAAUUGGGAAGUUAUUCAUAAUGAAGUUACUAACUUCAAUCUAGUAGCACAAUAAAAUUGA